UUUUUCCCAGUUCUCACAAAUUUGAAUUUCAUACCGACUCUCUGCCCCCGCUCACUUUCUUUCCAUCUCUAUCCUCACACACACCCAAAGCACACACAGCAGCAAACACAAACACUGUCUCAGAUUUGGGAACGCUGAAAGCAUGAACCACUACCAUAUUUACGAGGCCAUUGGCCGCGGAAAAUACUCGACUGUUUACAAGGGAAGAAAGAAGAAGACGAUUGAGUAUUACGCAAUUAAGAGCGUCGACAAAUCUCACAGGAGCAAGGUUCUUCAAGAAGUUAGAAUUCUUCACACCCUGGAUAACUCUAACGUGCUAAAGUUCUACUCAUGGUACGAAACAUCAGCUCAUCUAUGGUUAGUUUUGGAGUACUGUGUCGGAGGAGAUCUAUUGACUUUAUUACAACAGGAUGGUAAGCUUCCGGAAGAUUCUGUACAUGAUUUGGCUCUUGACCUUGUUAAAGCUCUUCAGUACUUGCAUUCAAGGGGAAUUAUUUACUGCGACUUAAAGCCAUCAAACAUUUUGCUUGAUGAAAAUGGACGUACAAAGCUAUGCGACUUUGGACUAGCGAGAAAACUUAGUGAUAUAUCCAUGACAUCAUCUUCCCAGUUACCACAAGCAAAACGUGGAACUCCUUGUUACAUGGCUCCAGAAUUGUUCCAAGAUGGAGGAAUUCAUUCGUAUGCCUCUGAUUUUUGGGCUCUUGGUUGUGUGCUGUAUGAGUGCUAUACCGGCAGGCCUCCAUUUGUUGACAAGGAAUUCACUCAGUUGGCAAAAUUAAUUCUUUCAGACGCGACUCCUGCUCUACCUGGAACUCCAUCUCGUCCAUUUGUAAAUUUGAUAAAUUCGCUCUUGGUAAAAGACCCGUCUGAAAGGAUACAAUGGCCUGAACUUUGCAAUCAUGCUUUCUGGAAAACAAAAAUUGUGCCGUUGACAUUACCUCCUCAGCCUGCUUUCACUAACAUGAUUGAGAUGCUUUUGGAACCACGUCUUUCUGAGCGCCAUGGAGAUAGACCUCUUCGGAACAAGACCACACCUAACACUUGUGGAAAAGAUUCAAAAGCACCUAGAAAACAAGAUGAGAAUUCUGGUUCUGAAGUAAGAGAAGGAACACCUGUCAAGGGUGGUGUAUAUAGUGGCCGUAAAGCCCAGACAAAACCUUCAAGCAGAAUACCUGAAGGAAAGCACAAAGAUGGUUCUACUAAUACGGGCGGCUUGAAUCUCCUAAGGCUUUCAAGAAUUGCUAAAUCUAACCUGCAAAGGGAAAAUGAGAAGGAGAAUUACAGAAGGCCUUUACCAAAUAGCACCAAGAAUGAUGCAGAAAUCAAAAUUGAAAACAAUGACAUGGAGCUGGAUUUUAACGAGAACACAGAAGAUGAUGGAAAUGAUGAAACUGAAGGGUCUGAAAAUGCCUCCACCAUUGAGGACAAUUUAUCAACUCCAAAUAAGCAUGAGGGAAAACUUGAUGACAUGGACAAUGUAUCAAACCAGCCAGGCACAUCAAAUGUGGUGGAGACACCUAUACAUGAUGAUUCAAAACCACAUGAACAAGAAUCAUCUUCAGAACACACGGAAGUGAGUCCAGCAGCAGUCACUCCUCCUAGUGCUAGUCCACAAUUGAAGACUCCAAGGAACAAAGAAAUUUCUGGGCGGGCCCUUGACUUUGAUGCAACAAAAUCAUCUUCAGAGCUCUCAGAUGUGCUAUGGCAUCCAUCUGAUCUCUCGGUUAGGCCAGUAAUGCCGAGCAGAAAAUUUGAGAAAGGAUUAGAUGCAAUUCCUUCCCUCCCAUUCCACACAUUUCCCCCACCUGAUUUUGCAAAAUUGCCCAAGGAUAGAUUGGAUGCUAUAUACGGUAGAAUUGCAAGUAUCAUGAACGGGAACAUUAAUGGCGACAAGCAGAAUGUGAUUAGGUACCUUGAGAUGUUGAGCACUAAUGCUGAUGCUGCCAAUAUUUUGACCAAUGGGCCAAUAAUGCUAGUUCUCAUAAAAAUGCUGAGGCAGUCUAAGGCUUUGGCUCUGCGUGUACAGCUAUCUUCUCUUAUAGGACUAUUGAUUCGCCAUUCAACUUUCAUUGGAGAUGAUUUGGUAAAUUCUGGAAUUUUAGGUGCUCUAACUGAUGGCCUCAGAGACAGACAGGAAAAAGUGAGAAGGUUUUCUAUGGCUGCCAUGGGUGAGUUGAUCUUUUACAUAUCUACUCUAAGUGAUCCUGCUAGGGAUAAUAAUCCUCAGGAGUCUCCAUCUAAAGACAGCCGACCCUCUUCCAGCUGGCAGGUCCCUAAUGCAUUAAUCUCUUUGAUCUCAUCCGUAUUGCGGAGAGGGGAGGAUGAUCUCACCCAGCUUUAUGCUUUAAGAACAAUAGAGAACAUAUCUAGUCAUGGAGGAUAUUGGGCCACUCGUUUUACAAGCCAAGACGUAGUUAGCAACCUUUGUUACAUAUUCAGGGCUCCAGGAAAACAAGAGUCCAUGAGGCUUACUGCUGGGUCAUGUUUGGUUCGUCUGGCUCGUUUCAACCCACCUACCAUGCAGCAGGGAAGGGAUGAUUUCCAGAUAACCCUUCUCCGCGUAUUGGAAUCAAUCUCAGAGGAGCCAACAGCAGUCAACAAUAAUCCCACCAUCUUCAUUCGCCAAGUCCUGCCUAGUCUAACUGCUCUGUACAAGGGAAACAAAGAUGGAGAUGCUCGAUUUCUGUGCUUGAAAAUUUUAUUCGACAUCAUGGUUCUUUUUCUGACUGAGCCCUUAGAAGAUGACCAAAGGCUGCAAGAUUUAAAAUCAGUUUCAAAUGUUAAUUUCCUCCCUCUCUACCCUUCUUUGAUCGAAGAUGAAGACCCGAUUCCCAUGUACGCUCAGAAACUACUUGUAAUGCUCAUUGAGUCUGAUUACAUCAAAAUCUCAGACAUUCUUCACAUGAAGGCAGUCUCACAGUGCUUCGAAUUUCUAUUCGGUGAUUUCUCGACUAUAAACGUGAGCAAUGUGAUGCUUUGCCUGGCUUUAGCAUCUGCCCCGGAACUGGAAACCAAAAUAAUUUCCCAAUUAAAAGUGGUGAGAAAAAUCGGAAAUCUUUUGGAAUUCGUGCAGGCGAAGGAGAUGGAGGAUUUUAUCGAGCCAACACUCGGCCUAUGCAGGGCAUUCCUUUUACGUGCUUUGAGCUGCAAGGCUAAGUUUGUCUACUCAAAGCAGCCAGCUCUACUAAAUGAUGGCUCUAUGGAAAUCUCUUCCGAUCUUGGCAUAAAAGAUAUCCCUGACUUUGGCGCCAAUGUUGGUGUUUUUCUGGAACUAUGUAAAUCGAGCGAGGCUAAUAUACUGGAUUUGGCCUCCGAGUGUUUGGUUUUGCUGUUUGAAGCAGCUCCAAAAGAAGCAACAAUGAAUUUCUUCAUGAGUCUUUAUAAAGUGCCUGUGGUGCUUGAGAGUGGUCAAGGAGGUGAUAUCUCGAACUUGGUGGUCGAACGAGUUUUGCAUGCAAUUGGCUUUUCUAGUCGGUAUUAUGUUUCGCACACGAUGAUUUUGUCUAUCAGUGUGUCUGAGCUGGCAAAAAUUGAUGCGGUUGUUUCGAGUUUGAGGGGCUCAAGCAUGAAAAAUAUUGCCGAGGCCUCGGUUAAGGUGGCUAUGGAAUUGAAGAGAAUACCUCGGAGCUAGAUUUGUUACUAAAAUGAAGCAGCAGUCCCUAUCCUUCCCUAUUUGUAUUUACAGUAUCUGUAAUACUUAUAUUAUAACGAAAUUGUUAAGUUCUACGCAUAUUUUUGUCUUUUUUAAUAUCAUUCAUUUUUUCUGAAGUCGUGCACAUUUGAUUGAAUUCAGUUUUUUCAUUAUUCAA